AUGUGCACAAAAGACAACACAAAUUCAAAACAAAAUGGAUCUUCUUCAACUUCAAAGGAAACAGAAGAAUAUCCUAAACCUUCGUCUUCCAAAGAUUAUAAUAAGGAGGCUGGAAAGGCUGCAAAUGGGGAUAGAAUAAGGGACAAAGACGGGUACAGACAGAGAGCGGCUGCUUUCUGUCUACGAUUAUCUUCAAAUGAUUGCGAUAACCAAAAUAUUAUUAUUGAUGAAUUUGGCAAUAUUCAAAGUGUUAAAGCCCCUCUAGAAGUUCUUUUGGUUAGCGGAAGGAGGGAUGGAAGUGCUGAAAAUUAUUGGGUAUUGCCCGGGGGAGGUGUUGAAUUGAAGGAAAGUACAGAAGAAGCUGUUGUUCGCGAAUUAAGGGAAGAGGCUGGAAUACAGGGCCAAGUGUUAUUCCAAAUUGGAAAAUUUAUUGACGACCAACGUUUUCACCACACAACACUUUAUGCUUUGAGCGUUCUAAAAACUUUUGAUGAAUGGGAAAAUUGUGAAAAUGGAAGGGAACGUCGUUGGAUGAAUUUAGAAGAAGCUAGGCGUUGUGUUAAACCUAAUCAAUUGGCAAUGUUGGAACAAAGCAUUACAGCAGUUGAAGAAAAAUGGUUGUCUUGUGUUCUCACAUUGCAUCGAAAAAAAUGUUUUAAUAUUUCUCCAAAUUUAAUUUUAACAAUUUUGGGAGAAACAAAAAAUAAUUUAAAUGAAAAUUAUUUAAUUAAUUCAGCGCAAAAUAUUAAUAAUAAUACUAAAUUUUGA